AACAAACGUCAAACGAUACGUCAAGGAAACGUCAAAAAUCCAAGCUUGAUUUCGAAAAAAAAUUGCAAUUCGUGAUUCAUCCUUUCCAUUUUUACUAAAUUAAUCGUAAUAUAAUAUAACUAUGGAUGAUCCAGAACUUCAGAAAAUAAGGCAACAACGUCUUGCACAGUUGCAGUCUCAACAUGGGGGCACAGGAGAUCCAAAUCAUGCAAAAGCUCAAGAAGAAAGAAUGCAGGCCAUGGAGGAAGCGAAGCACACAAUACUAGCCCAGGCACUUAGUCAAGAUGCAAGAGCCAGAUUGAAUAACAUCAAACUCAGCAGACCUGAAAAAGGUGCUAUGGUGGAGAAUAUGAUCUGUAGAAUGACACAAAUGGGCCAAGUUCGUGGCAAGAUAUCGGAACAAGAAUUGAUACAACUGGUGGAGUCUCUGAACCAGCAAAUGCCCAAGUCUACAAGCACUGUCAAGUUUGACAGAAGAAGAGCGGCCCUCGACUCCGAUGAUGAUGAUUUCUAACAGACUGACACUACUUUAAGUUAUGAAGCAAUACACAAAUUUGCAAUGCCUUAAUAAAAUAUACCACAGUUACUUUUCAAAUA